GUUUGGAGUUCAAAACUAAAAGAGGACGUGGGGGAGGCAGGGACCCCCCCUCAAUACUUGACAAUAGGAACCGUUUGUAUAGAAGCCAAAAGUCAGCUUUAUUGGGAAUUAUGGAUAAGUAAGGAUGGAGUGGAAAUAAGGUUUUCCCCGGCAGGGUUACUCCGUUUUUUAGAGCUGUCCGAUAAAACAGAAUUCCAGGCUGUUCACCAUUUCCUGUCCAGAAAGGGGGAAAGAUAAGAAAGAAGCAAAUUCACCUGUUGAACGUCUACAUGUUCCAGCCUUGUGUUGGUGGAAUUGAUUUCUUCUGGCAAAUGUGACCAAAUUCUCACUUUAUUUACUUUUAAGCAGGAGAGACCAAAACGAUUUUCAGUCAGUGUUAAUUGCUUAAACCACUAUGGAGUUUGUAAGCCACGAUGUAGAAGCUGUAAUUUCUGAGUGCACCCACUGCACUAAAUCAACCCAGAUUAGUUACAUCAUGAUUUAGCUUGUUGCCUAAACCAAGGCAAACAGAAGCCAGCUACUUGAAUUGAUGUAGUACUUGGAUUGAUGUGCUACCUGCUCUAAUCCUAUCUGGUUCAAUAUAAACACAAUGGCCAAACGGAUUGUCGAGUCUAUUCAGUAUGGAGGAAUAACUUUUCCCAGCAUCGUGCAUAACGAAGAGAGUGUAUGUUACGCUCACCGGAGUUUUGAAGUGCGGGAUAGUGAUGUCUUCAACGUUACGUACCCCAAAUCUGGUGAGCCACAGAAGUGCCUAUCCCCUGGAAUUUCGGGGCACAACUUGGAUGCAGGAAAUUCUUACUUUGAUCUAUAGCAACGGAGAUCCCACAUACUCACAGUCAAUCCCUAGUUGGGAACGGGUGCCCUGGGUUGAACACAAGACAGCAGUCCAGUACUUAGAGAACCGACCCUCCCCUCGUCUCAUUACCUCUCAUUUGCCUGCAACAAUCUUUCCAGAAAAGUUCUUCUCUUCGCAAGCUAAGGCUAUUUACACUGUCCGUGACCCCAAGGAUGUCUGUGUAUCGCUCUACCAUUAUACCAAGAUGGCUUCAUUUCUGGAGCACAGGGAGGAUUUUGGAGAAUUCAUAGAGCUGUUUUCAGCAGGAAAAAUUCUUUUUGGCACCUGGUUUGAUCAUGUCAAAAGUUGGUUGGCCUACAAGAAUGAGAAAAAGUUUCUUCUUCUGGUCUAUGAUGAAUUGCUAAAGGAUCUACGUGGCAGUGUUCUUCGCAUUUGUGAAUUCCUAGGCAAGAAUUUGGAUCCUGCUGUGGUUGACUCAGUGGUGGAAAAUGCUUCCUUUGGAGUGAUGAAGAACAACAAGAUGGUGAAUUACACCCUGGUUCCUGAACAUCUGAUGGAUCAAAAGACCAGCCCUUUCCUCAGGAAAGGGGUUUCUGGAGACUGGAAAACUCACUUUACUAAAGAGCAGAGUGCUGCUUUCUACCAGCUCUACCAGGAAAAUAUGAAUGGUUUAGAGACCAAAUUUCCUUGGGAUGAAUUCCAGUUUGAAAAACAUCAGGAAUCUUGAGAUUUUGAAGAGCAGAGGGGAUUGCUGCAAUCCAAAAAUGCCGGACUUUGUGAGUUAAAAUAAUAUAUUUCAUUCAAAAUAGGCAGUCCUCACAUUAUGAUUGCAAACCGGAUCAGGAUUGCUGUCACUAAAAAAUACAACCAUAAAGCAUGACCUUGCACAACCACAUCACUUAGGGACAGCAUCCCAGGCCUACCCCAUUUCCCUGAAAAUAAGACCCAACUGGAAAAUAAGUCCUAGCAUGAUUUUUCAGGAUGCUCGUAAUAUAAGCCCUACCCUCAAAAUAAGCCCCAGUUAAGAUUGUCAGCCAGAUGGAUGCAUUUAGUACUGUAUUUCCCCCCAAAUAAGACCUAACUAGAAAGUAAGCCCUAAUGUGUCUUUUGGAGCAAAAAUUAAUAUAAGAUCCUGUCUUAUUUUGAGGGAAACAAAGGUAGUUGUUGUUGUAACCCAAGAUAUGUAAGUUAUUAUGUGUGAAGCUGAACAAGUCCCAGGUAAAGAGUGAGCAGUGCCAUGGGGGCAGGGCGGGGCGGGGCGGAGCAGGGAGAGGCCCUGAAAGACCUGAUACAGGCCAUGUGCAUGUAGUGUGCAUGCAUCGUUGUGUUGGGGGCCAAGGAAGGUCAAAGAAAGAGAGUGUGGGGUGCGGGCAUGUGCAUAUUGCGAGUGUUGAUUCAGGGGGCUAUGGAAAGAUGGUGUGGGAAAUGUGAGUGUGUGCAAGCACAGGGAAGCUGGAGAAUAUUAUGUGUAAUUGUGGGGAAGUUGUGGAAAGAGGGUACACGUAGAUGAGCAGGCUGAGCUGGAAGGUGAAGUUAAACAUAUCAUCAGUUUUAAGUCAUUGUGCAACCACAAGAAACCCAAGUCCUCACAACCCUGUGAAUUCCGUUGACCUUUAUCUAGCACCAAUUUAUCUUUGGCCAUUAGUUGACCGAUUCUUUUGUAUUGGUAGCAACAAUAAAC